AUGUCCAAUGUUCCGGGAACUGAAGAUUGCUCUGAAGUUUUCGCCUGGGAUGGUCGCGCAAUUUACGCUACCGAAGGGAUGCAGGCACAUAUUGAUGGAGCCCUGUACAAGGCCAAGUACUGGAAUGAAGGAGAGAAGCCUUCUCUCACCUCGGAACCAUGGGCCUUUGUUGGCAAGUGCAUUACUGGCACCGACUCGAAAGGUGUUGAGAACCAGGCUGCUGACCCGCCUCAGUGGCAGAUGGACUUGACUUGCACCUGUUGCGACGCUUGUGGAACGAUCAACAACGGCCAGGUCAACUGCAAGAGCGUGGAAGAAGACAAAUGCUACUUCAAAUGGUGCGGUGGUGCUAACCAGAAGGACGAUGCUGCCUGUGCAGAUGCGAAAGCUCACCAGAAGUUCGCCUACUGGAAUGGAUCGAUGCCCGCAAGUCAGCCUAGCUGGCCCAAGCAAGUCUACGCCCCCUAUUUCGAUUCCGGGCUCUAUGGCUGGCCUCCUCUCACUGAGUUAGCCUCCAAGUACGGAGUGAACCACUUUAUUGUCGCUUUCGUCGUGUCCACAAGCGAGCCGUCCUUGAAGACUGGUGGAUGCAAUGGCGCUUAUGCUGGUGCAAUUUCCAUUGAAUCUGGUCCUACUUACGAGUCCGAUGGUAAGUUUACUUACCUGUACGAUGAAUUGAAGAAGCUGCGUGAAAUGGGUGGCGAUUUUGUUAUUUCCUUCGGUGGUGCCAACGGCACAGAGUUAGCUGACUCUGCGGAGUGCCAGACUGGUGAUGCUGUUGCCAACUUGGUUAGCGAAUAUGGUCGCAUCCUUGACUUCACGAAUUCCAAUAGAAUUGAUUUCGACAUUGAAGGUCUCGCGUAUUCUGGCAUCCAGGCAACCACUGGCUGGAAGUACCGUUUCGAGGCUGUGAAGCAGUUGAAGCAGCAGCGUCCUGGCCUUCAUGUGACAUGGACCCUGCCUAUUCUGCCUACUGGUCUUACUUUGGACGGCAGCAACUUCUUUGCACAGAUGAUGGAUCAGGAUGCUCCGUUUGAUGUCAUCAAUGUGAUGAAUAUGGAUUACGGAGAGUGCCCUACCAUGUGUUCUACCGAGGUCGUUGACAAGUGCGAGAGAGACGCUAUCGAUUACCUAACUAAGCAGCUCUAUGAUCUAGCCAAUGCCCGUGGCAAGCUGCAGCAAUACGGCUGGAGCAGUCAGGAUGAUGUGUACCACUACGUGGGAAGCACUCCCAUGCUUGGUAUGAACGACAGCACAUGUCUGACGUAUACAUUGGAGGCGGCGAAGACGAACGUGGCUCACUGGCAGGAGAAGAAGAUUGGCAUGAUCUCGAACUGGUCUGUUGCUCGGGACAAAGCGUGCCCCGGUCAAACUUACGUUGGCGUUGACUGUUCCAGCUAUAGUGGUCAGACUACUGACUACCAAUUCCUUCAGGUAUUUGCCCCGUAUACAAGCGCCAACUAG